CGCAGCGCCACCUUUACAGCCAUAUGUGUUUGUAUACAGCGAACAACUGAGCGAAUAUUCCGGCGGUUUAUUUUAUCUGGGAAGUAGAUAGGUUGAGCUAAUUCAUGGAUUCAGACGAACCAGGCAGUGGGGGCAGUACACCACUCCAGGAUGAGCCAGACUAUGAGGCUGAAAAUGGGGAGGGGGAAGAAGAUGGCCCACCUCGUACUCCUGGCGGAGAGUCAGACCAUGGCCCCCAGAGUGUUGAGGCAGGGGGCGAUGCUGAGGGGUCUGACAAUGACCAGCCAGUGACGCAGGCUGAUGAUGGAGAUGACUACUUCAGUGAUGGCGGCGAGGUAGAGCGAGAGGAAGUCCAGCGGGAUGUUGACGAUGACGACGACGUUGAGCGAGAAGAGGUGGAACGGGAGGUGGAAGAUGACCAAGAAUAUCAGCCUGGCAGUGACAACGAGGAUGCCAGGCCUGGAUCAGGUAGUCCACCAGGGUCUCCAGCCAGUGGAUCUGUUGCUAGUCCUCCGGCGUCUCCUAUGAGUGUUGCUAGUGGACCACGGUCUCCACCUGGAAGUGGGCCCCAGUCUCCGGCUGGUAGUCCCCCAGGAUCUCCUGGCAGUCCAAUGAGCAUGGACGGGUCUGGUAGUCGACCUGGGUCAUAUGUCGGAAGUGGCCCCCAGUCACCUGCUGGCAGUGGGCCCAGGUCGCCAGCAAGUGGUCCAGCUUCUCCAGCUGGUAGUGGUCCUCAAAGCCCUCAGUCACCCGGCAGUGGCCCUGCGUCCCCAGCUGGCAGUGGCCCUGCAUCCCCAGCAGGAAGUGGGCCACUGUCACCGGGCAGUGGCCCUGCAUCCCCAGCAGGAAGUGGGCCAGUGUCACCCGCAGGAAGUGGGCCAGGGUCGCCUGCAGGAAGUGGGCCAGGGUUGCUGGCAGGAAGAGGGCUGCAGUCCCCUGCAUCACCAAUGUUCAGUGCACCCAACUCCCCAAUGGGAUCCCCAAUGGCUCCAGGUCUUGAGUCAUUCCUACAAGAAGAAACACAACCCAGAUCUGAUCGGAGUCGCUCCCCAUCUCCCGGAAGGAGCCGGGCACCGGGAGGGUCGCCAUCUUACAGCCCUAUGGGCAGUCCAAGGAGCGCCUCUCAGUCUCCACCAGGUAGUCCCAGAGGCUCCCCACCUAGCCCAGGCCCAGGCUCAGACAAGGAGAAUGAUGGCGCCAGCGACCUGGGAAGUGGUGAUGAAAGACGACCAAAGCCUCGGAGAAUCAUUUCCGAUGAUGAAAGUGACCGGGAACCCGAGCCAGAAGAAAGGAAGAAAGCUAAAGCAAGUGAUGAUGAAGACAGCGAUAAAGAGUCUGUCGCAGAUGGGCUCAUUGCUGACAUUUUUGGCUCAAGUGAUGAAGAUGAAGAAUUUGAGGGUUUUGGUGAAGCUGAUGUAGAAGCCCAUGCCAAGAAGAAAGAAAAAAAGAAAACAGCUGCGAAAUCUGAUGACGAGGAUGGUCAGACUGGGGAAGCCGCGGGUCCGACCGGUGCCUUGCCUGAGCUGUCUGAUGAUGAGAAUGAAGAUGCUUUACAGAAGGACAACUUUGUGUCUGACUUUGAAUUGAUGAUGGAGAGGAAGAAGGAGGAAAGACAGAGACAGAGGAGGAAGAGGAAAGAUUGUGACAUGAUCAAUGAUAAUGAUGACCUCAUCGCUGACAUGAUUGGCAAGAUGAAACUAGCAGCUGAGGAAGACCGAGAGUUGAACAAGAAGAGACAGGCUGCCACAAAGAAACUGAAGCUGCUUCCAUGGGUCAUCUCCCAACUCAAGAAAGCUGAUCUCCACAUAAUAUUCCUAGACUCUGGGAUCCUUAGUGCAAUUACAGAAUGGUUGGCGCCUCUUCCAGAUAAAAGUUUGCCACAUCUUACCAUCAGGGAAUCUUUACUGAAGAUAUUAUGGGAUUUUCCGGCCAUCAGCUCGGACAGUCUGAAGAUGAGUGGAAUCGGGAAAGCUGUCAUGUAUCUGUACAAACACCCUAGGGAGGUGCGCCCAAAUAAGGAGAAGGCGGGGAAACUGAUCAAUGAGUGGUCCCGACCUAUUUUCAACCUAACAUCAAAUUACAAAACUUUGUCCAGAGACGAGAGAGAACAGAGAGAUUAUGAACAGCUGCCCAAGAGGAGGAAACUCAGUUUAGAAGGAAGUCAGACUCCGAGGAGAGAUAUCGACAAUGCAAUGGAAGGAGAAAAGAAAGCCUUGCGUCCGGGUGAUCCGGGGUGGGUGUAUCGAGCCAGAGUCCCUACCCCCUCCAACAGAGACUAUGUUGUACGACCAAAGACAGAGAUAGACUACACAGCAAAGAAGAGUACAGGAAAGAAGGAUCCAAGUCGGUAUGAUAAACAUGCACGAGCAUUUGCAGAUAAAAGGAAGAACAGUAAGGCCCAGAGAGCUAUCACCAUCAGCAUUGAAGGCAGGAACAUGGCCCUCUGAGUCCUGUAGUGCAUGCUGGGAGUGCUGCUUGACAACCAAUCACCAUCAACAUUGAAGGCAGGAACAUGGCCCUCAGUCUUCUAGUGCAUGCUGGGAAUGCUGCUUGUCUACCAAUCAGUGAUUGAGUUGAUGACACUUAGCCAUACAGAUCUGCAGGCUGUUCACCGAUAUAGAGAUGUAAUGAAAAUGAUAUUUUCUGAGGAUUACUUUUGAUCUGC